GCUUCUUAGCCGAAGCUAUAGACUGUAUGGCCGAAGCGCGGCUCGCUAAGCCCCCGCCCACUGUCCGGCUCCUCGUUUCGGGUUCCUUCGGGUUGGUUCGGGUUGGCUCGGGUCUCCAAUUUCAGUUCAGAAACACGUGAAUAAGGAAGUCCUUCCCAGGAUGUUGUCUUUGGCUACGUUGGGCCAAACGGGAGCCCGGAGAGUCGUGACGGGGACUCGGGGGAGAUUAAUGAGGGACAGCAGGUGCUUCUUUACCUGUUUGCCAGAUUGUCACUCUGUCCCCAAGACAAGAAAGACCAGAUGGGCGUUUUCAAACCACUACAGAUGCUUCACCGCCUCGUCCCCUGCAGCCAGUCAGAAAACUCCGUCCUACAGCUACGUUAUUAUCGGGGCCGGGUCGGCGGGAUGCGUCCUUUCCAACCGCCUCACCGAGGAUGCCCAUGAGUCCGUACUGCUGCUGGAGGCCGGACCUAAAGACAUGUGGCUGGGCAGCUCUCGCCUGUCCUGGAAGAUCCACAUGCCAGCCGCUCUGACCUACAACCUCUGUGAUGACAAGUAUAACUGGUACUACCACAUUCUGCCUCAGGCCCACAUGGAUAACCGGGUCAUGUACUGGCCGAGGGGUCGCGUCUGGGGAGGCUCCUCCUCCCUCAACGCCAUGGUCUACAUCCGAGGCCACGCCGAAGACUACAACCGCUGGCAGAGAGAGGGCGCCGAGGGCUGGGAUUACGAUCACUGCCUGCCGUACUUCAGGAAGGCUCAGAGUCACGAGCUGGGAGAGAACAGGUACAGGGGCGGCAGUGGACCUCUCCACGUGUCCAGAGGAAAGACCAACCAUCCUCUUCACAGGGCUUUUAUUGAGGCGGGACAGCAGGCAGGAUAUCCUUUCACUGACGACAUGAAUGGAUACCAACAGGAAGGCCUGGGCUGGAUGGACAUGACCAUUUUUAAAGGUAAGAGGUGGAGCACCGCCAGCGCCUACCUGAGACCGGCCCUGCCUCGGCCCAACCUGAAGACGGAGGUCCACUGCCUGACCACCAAGAUCCUGUUUGACGGCAGCCGUGCUGUCGGGGUGGAAUAUACACAGAACGGACAAAAGAAGAGGGCGUUUGCAGAAAAGGAGGUGAUUCUGAGUGGAGGCGCCAUCAACUCCCCUCAGCUCCUCAUGCUGUCUGGGGUUGGAAACGCAGACGACCUGAAAGGACUCGGCAUCCCCGUGACUCAGCAUUUACCAGGUGUUGGUAGUAACCUGCAGGAUCAUUUGGAGCUGUACGUCCAGCAGCAGUGCACUCAGCCUAUCACCCUGUACAAAGCCCAGAAACCCUUCCACAUGGUCAAGAUUGGCCUCGAGUGGCUCACCAUGUUCACAGGUUAUGGAGCAACAGCCCACCUGGAGAGUGGAGGGUUUAUCCGCAGUCGACCCCAUGUCCUACACCCUGAUAUCCAGUUUCACUUCCUGCCCUCACAAGUCAUCGACCACGGACGAGUUGCUUCCAAGAUAGAGGCGUAUCAGGUUCAUGUCGGACCAAUGAGAAGCACCAGUAUUGGCUGGAUGAAGCUUAAGAGCGCCAACCCUCUGGAUCACCCAAUUCUCCAACCAAACUAUCUCUCCACUGACAUCGAUGUGUGGGAGUUCAGGGAGAGCGUCAAACUCUCCAGAGAGAUUUUCGCCCAGAAGGCCUUCGACCCGUUCCGUGGCCCUGAAGUCCAGCCCGGUCCUCAGGUUCAGUCCGAUGCCGACAUCGAUGCUUUUGUCCGCCAGAAGGCCGACAGCGCCUACCACCCAUCCUGCACCUGUAAGAUGGGCUCACCGUCCGACCCGAUGGCGGUCGUUGACUCGAACACUCGCGUUCUGGGUCUGGAUGGGCUGCGAGUGGCCGACGCCUCCAUCAUGCCCAGCAUCGUCAGUGGAAACCUGAACGCCCCGACCAUCAUGAUAGCAGAGAAGGCCGCUGAUAUCAUCAGAGGUCGCCCUGCCCUCGCUGACUGUGCUGUUCCCGUCUACCAGCCUCCAACACUCAACACGCAGAGAUGAACAAAGACCAGGAAGAAGAGCUGGCAGCGCUGGGAUGAGGAGUGAAGGCUGGUUAGCUCAGUGACUAACACCCUGACUUUGGCGUGGGAGUUUGGUGGUUCCCUCCGGCAAAGUCCUCAGUGUUGCCUCGCCUCCCUGCCUGGUGCUGGAUCUCAGAUGUACAUCGCUUUGGAUCAAAGUGUCUGAUAAACUAAACAGCAUUCAGUGCCGAAAACCAGUAAAAGAGGGUCUUCCAAAGGGAUUUUUUAGGCACUCUAAGUAUUUUUCUGGAUAUAAUUUUGAAGGUUUUCAAUCAGCCAAAGGAACAAUCUCGUUUGAAAUGUUCAGAUUUUACGACUCACAGCUUUGAGUUUCCUUUUUAAUGAGCCAUAUAGUCUCUAUAGAAACAGUAAUACUGUGUCUCAGAACAUCAAAUCAUUCUAAUAGUGUUAAAAUACAUGAAUGUUUCUGCACACUAAAAACUAAACUACACUAAAAACAAAUCUUCAGUGUUAGUCUUAUGAAGUUUUUAAUAUAUACUGUGAAUAUUUACAAAGAUGUUUUUUAAUAUGUGAUCUACGAAUCAGAUGACAUCAUGAAGUUUUAAAGUCUAAUAGUAGCGUUAGUGUUGUUCUUAUUUCAGUGUUAAUUACUGUCCAUGCUUUACAGGACUAAUUGAUGUUGAGAUUUUUAACUGAAAGUCGGAAUGAAAUCAGAUUUAUGUCAUCAGCUGUAAUGGAAAGAUGCUGGAAUGAACUAUGAUUAUGUGUCAUGAAGCUCUGCACCAUAGAGUGUCUUAUAUAAUUAUUGUUUACAUGAUAAUGCAGUCCAGUGCAGAGGCUGUUUGAAUCAUUUGUGUCUUAAUAAAGCAGUAAACUGUGAUCAUAAAGGGAA